CACAACUAAUCGAGCUCAGAAUGAUGGAUGAGUAUUUUUUUUAAAAGAACAGCGCGAUUUUAGCUUUGUUUUCCUCAGUAGCUACUGGCGAGACUCUAUCAUAAUUUUGCAUUCUUUAUUGUAAGAUUAGUGACAAAAAUCUCAGCGGUUCCUGGAUUCAAAGAAACAGUUAUGUCUACAAAGAAACUGGCCAAAGAGCUCGGGUUAUUGAGGCAGCGGAGUCAAUCUUCAUCCGGGUCAAAGAAAUCUUUGGUAUCUAAUCAAAUAUUUUCCUAUCUGAUUGUGAUUGACUUUGAGUCCACUUGCUGGAGAGAGAAAAACAACUACAGCCAGGAAAUUAUUGAGUUCCCUGCUGUCCUGCUGAACACGUCCUCAGGGGAAGUCGAGUCUGAGUUUCACACAUAUGUUCAACCCCAGGAGCACCCUAUUCUGUCUAAGUUCUGCACUGAGCUGACAGGGAUUACACAGGUGCAAGUUGAGGCAGGGAUCCCACUCCAGAUCUGUCUUUCUCGGUUCUGCCGCUGGAUACAAAACCUGCAGCUUGAGAAGGGUGUGGUCUUUCCAAACAGACAACAGAGAUGUUCUGCACCUUCACCUUCUCAAAAACUGUGCACUUUCCUCACGUGGUCAGACUGGGAUCUUGGAGUUUGUUUACAGUACGAGUGUAAGCGCAAGCAGCUCCAUAAACCUGAUGUACUCAACAGCUGGAUAGACCUGAGAAGCACAUACAGACUCUUCUACAACAGGAAACCCAAAGGCCUGAACGGGGCGCUACAAGAUCUAGGAAUACAGUUUUCAGGGAGAGAACAUUCAGGUUUGGAUGACUCUCGAAAUACAGCUCAGUUGGCUGCGAGGAUGAUGAGGGAUGGGUGUGUGAUGAAGAUCACUAGAAGCCUUGAAAGGACCCCGUCAACAGUCAAACCCAUGUUUGGAAACACAACUGCAGACAAGAAAGAAAAGGCCAACACUGAUAAAGAGGAAAAUACACUUACCACAACCAAACCCUCAUCACCUAAACCAUGUCAAAUAAAAUCAUGUUCAGAAACCAAUACAAUGAAUUUAGAUACAAAGGAAACGUCAUGUUCGGUUCAGGAAUCUGUUCAAAGCCUGAUCUCACCCAAGACCGUUCUGACUGGUACAAGUAAACCCCUGUGGGGACGCAGCAGGAGGUCAGUUACCUCAGAGGGUGUCGCUAACCUUUCCUCUGCAGUUAUGGUAAAUGGUACUUCACCACACAGUAACGGCAACAAAAGCCUUGUUCUGUGUUCUACUACUCUGGGAUCCCUUUCACAUCCACAUCACCGGCUCUCAAAAACCAGAGCAGCAGUGGAACUUGUGGAGGAAGAGGAAAGUGAAGAUCUUCUAGUGGAAGCAGAGGAGAGGUGUGCUUCAUAUGAUCAUGUGGUGUUGGAGGGUGCUGAAGAUGAUGUUAUCAAUGGAGAUGAUAGAGAGUGUGACACUGAGUACAUGUCAGAUUUUGACAGUGGAUGUUAUGUGUGGGAAGACUCUGACAAUUCACAUUUAAGGGCCAAUAUGAGUGUGGAAAACAAUUCUGAAACCAGUGACGUAUCCACAGCUUCUGUAUCUACAAAGAAGAUAAGAACGGAUCAGUUAAAGAAGAUGGUGCAGCACUCGGCGAUCUCAGAGCCAGAUACAUAUUUUGCUGUGCCUAAGGCCGUUACUUGGGGCUCCAAAACAAAUAGGCAUGAAAUAGGACUUAAAACCUCUCUACAUCUCCGAGAGAAGUCAGAAGGAGCCCCACAAACCUCCGAAACAAACAUGCCUUCUUUAUUCAGGCGCAAAUCUUUCAUCCCAGAAAACACCUCCACACUGAAUACCUCAUUUGCCAAGCCCAAACCAGUCAUCACGCAAAAUAGAAAGCACAAAAAGACUCCAUCUUCCUUUUCCAUCUACACUGACCCAGCAAAACAGGCUGCAGCUCCCUCCCAUCCUUCCUCAUCUCGCUCGUACACCCCCAAGAAUGUCCUCUGCUCUUUGUCAGCCAACACACUCUCAUCAUGUACCAGCCGUUCCUUCAUUUCUGCGAAAACAAGAGGACAGAAGAUCACAUCCCCACUGUGUGCGUGCGGCCGUCGUGCAAAGCGACAGGUCGUGUCCAACGGUGGUCCGAACCAGGGCCGAGGUUUUUACUGCUGUCCGGUCCGCCGCUCAGGCAGCGGAGGCAGGAUCCAGAAAGGAUGCGAGUUCUUCAAAUGGGAGUCAUCUCUGAUGAAGAGUUGUGCAGUCGACCAUCCUGCUGUCGGGUCGUCUGUUUCACUCUGUCAGAUCAGCUCGGCUCUGAACUGUCGUCCGCAACAAAGGUCAACACUAAGAAAAAGCUAUUAAGGUGUUGGAGAAACAGUUGCACCUCCACCCUCGUACCAGUCACUCUGACACUGAGACACUUUCAAUGCAAAGUAUGAAUAAUUCCCACAAAGGUGGUUCCUGAAUAACUAUUUUGUUGGUUAACCUGUGUCUAACCCUAAUCUUCUCUAAUAUUAGAAAAAGCUGUAAUGAUGCCCCCCCACUUGUACAUGGAUUGGAUAAAAAGGUCUGUCCAAUGAGUAAAUGUAAUGUAAUGGAAAAAAAGGAAAAAAAAACCCUGAAGAGUUGGGCUUUUAGAUAAUGAAGGACAUUUUAUUUAUUGCACUGCCACACAUAUUGGAGAGUUCUCCUUUUAUGAAGUACAUACAGGAGUCAAAUCAAACCUUUAUUUAUCAGACAUUUUAAAUGCUAAAGUUAGUGAUUCCAAUUUUGAUAAUUGAUGUCAGCAAAUUCAAUUAAUGCUAAAAAGCAAAUUGGCUGCUAUGGCAAAUUGUAAGUUGAGUAUUUUUGCUUUGAUGCAUUUUAUGGGAGGCAUUUGUCAUGUAUGAAUCAAUAAUAAACACAUGGCUAAAAAUGAAUGUUAUCCCUUUGGAGAUUAAAUUAAAUGGUUAAUAAUGAUAAUAAAGACAGUUGUAUUUGUGCUUAUUGUGCUUAAUGAAAUAAACACAAUAGUUUUUUACUUUA